UGCAGACAAGUAGACUAGGGAAGGGAAGCAGGACCAGCAACUUGCAAGCAAAAGCUGCGACAUUCCGCUGCUUCUCUCUCCACCUCCCUUGAGUUUGUGAAAAGUGCUUUGCGCAAAAAAAGAAAAGGACUUCUCUUGUUGCUUUGCAAAAGGAAAGAUCAAAUGCAUUUCUCCCCCCAACAGACUGGAUCCUUUGUGAUGCUUAGUGUGGGGAAGUAAGCACGUUGUUAGGUACCGAAGGAGGAGGAAGAAAAAUGAAUUCCCACAACAAUGUCCCCCUGCGGGCAGCGGGAUUCUCUAUAUCCUUCGUUUUUGCUCUUCUUUUUUCUCCUGGAUGUGCGCAAGAUGCUGAUGUUGUAGGACUCGAGCCUCAACCCACAGCUGAAGAAAUCCCAGAGGGAGCAUCUACCUUGGCUUUUGUGUUUGAUGUGACUGGCUCAAUGUAUGAUGACUUAGUUCAGGUAAUUGAGGGAGCAUCCAAAAUUUUGGAGACCUCUUUGAAGAGACCCAAGAGACCGCUUUACAACUUUGCACUGGUUCCUUUCCAUGAUCCAGAAAUUGGUCCUGUAACAAUUACCACAGACCCCAAGAAAUUUCAGUAUGAACUCAGGGAGCUAUAUGUUCAGGGUGGUGGUGACUGUCCAGAGAUGAGCAUUGGGGCAAUCAAAAUUGCUCUAGAAAUUUCUCUUCCUGGUUCAUUCAUCUAUGUUUUUACGGAUGCACGGUCCAAAGACUACAAGCUGACCCAUGAAGUCUUGCAGCUGAUUCAGCAGAAGCAGUCACAAGUUGUAUUUGUUCUGACAGGAGACUGUGAUGAUAGAGCACACAUUGGUUACAAAGCCUAUGAAGAAAUUGCAUCCACAAGUUCUGGCCAGAUUUUUCACUUGGACAAAAAGCAAGUUAAUGAGGUGCUGAAAUGGGUAGAAGAAGCAGUGCAAGCUUCCAAAGUUCAUCUCUUAUCUACGGACCACCUGACGUCAGCAGUAAAUGCGUGGCAAAUCCCUUUUGAUCCUAGCUUGAAAGAGGUUACGGUGUCACUGAGUGGUCCUUCCCCAGCAGUUGAAGUCUAUGAUCCUUUAGGUAAGCCCAUAAUGAAAGGAUCUGGCUUGAACGAGUUACUUAGUAUUGAAAAUUCUGCAAAGGUAGUGAACAUCAAAGAUCCAGAGCUUGGAAUGUGGACAAUUAAGAUAUCAAGUAGUGGGCGACACUCUGUUCGUAUCACCGGUCUCAGUACUAUUGACUUCCGGGCUGGGUUUUCCAGAAAUCCAACAUUAGACUUCAAAAUGACUUCCAGCAGACCAGUGCAAGGGAUACCAACCUACAUUCUGCUAAAUACUACAGGGAUCCAUCUUCCUGCUAGAGUGGACCGUCUAGAACUGCUAAGCAUCUCUGGAGACCUUCUGAAGACCAUUCCUGUGAAAUACUUCCCUGACAGAAAACCUUAUGGAAUCUGGAAUAUUACUGAGUUUAUUCCACCAAAUGAAGCCUUUUUUCUUAAAAUAACUGGUUAUGACAAAGAUGAUUACCUCUUCCAGAGAGUCUCAAGUGUAUCAUUUUCUAACAUUAUUCCUGAUGCUCCAAAAGUAAGCAUGCCCAAGAAAACCCCAGGAUAUUAUCUUCAGCCAGGUCACAUUCCUUGUUAUGUAGCCAGCCUCAUACCCUUUACUGUGCGUUUUAGCAGAAAUGGAAUUAAGCUGGGAAUGGAUCAGUUUUUCAAAGACUCCACUAGUGUGAAGUGGGAGAUUGCCAAGGUGUCUCUGUUGGAUGAGGGUUACUAUGAAUGUAUUGCCAGCAGCCGUGCAGGAAUUGGCCACGCAGAGACGUUUCUGGACGUGUCAGAACCUCCACCGACUGUACAGGUUCCUAAUAAUGUUACUGUCACUCCUGGUGAUCGAGCCAUAUUGACAUGUUUAACUAUGAGCACAGUGCGGUACAAUCUCACUUGGCAGAGAAACAAUAGAGACCUGAAUCUCAUGGAUCCCUCCCGGAUGCGGAUGAUGAGCAAUCUCUCACUUGAAGUCAAGAUGGUAAAGCUCUCAGAUGCUGGCGAAUACAGUUGUGUGGCUUCCAAUGAAGGUGGCUCCACUGUGGCAUCUGUAUUCCUUACAGUGCAAGAACCACCCAAAGCAAUUGUCUCACCCAAGAAUCAGUCAUUUACUGAAGGAUCCGAAGUGUCCAUCAGUUGUUCUGCAAGUGGCUAUCCAAAGCCAACAGUAGUGUGGACGCACAAUGAUAUGUUUCUUAUGGGAUCCCACAGGUACAGGUUAACUCGUGAAGGCACAUUAACUAUAAAAAAUGCAAUCCCCAAAGAUGCGGGACUAUAUGGCUGUUUGGCUAGUAAUGCAGCCGGAACAGUCAAGGAGACGUCUAUCCUCACAUACACCGAAGUUCCGAAACUGAUAGUAGUCCAAAGCGAACUUCUGAUUGCUCUUGGAGGCACCACUGUAAUGGAAUGCAAAAGCACUGGAGUCCCACCUCCACAGGUUAAAUGGUUUAAAGGUGACCUAGAGUUGAGGGCAUCAGAAUUUCUUAUUAUUGACUUCCAUCGGGGCCUUCUGAAGAUUCAGGAAACGCAGGACCUGGAUGCUGGGGACUAUAUGUGCGUUGCAACCAAUAUUGCAGGACAUGCAUCUGGCCAAAUAACUCUGGAUGUUGGCUCUCCUCCAGUUUUCACACAAGAGCCCAGUGAUGAAUCUGUGGAUAUUGGCUCAAAUGUGACAUUGGCUUGCCAUGUUCAAGGUUACCCAGAACCAAAGGUGAAGUGGCAACGACUGGACGGUGCUCCACUUUUCUCAAGACAUUUUGCAGUUAGUUCCAUCAGUCAGCUCAGAACAGGCGGCCUUUCUUUUAACAAUUUAUGGGUUAAUGAUGAGGGAACCUAUAUCUGUGAAGCUGAAAACCAGUUUGGGAAGAUUGUCUCACGGCCGGCUACACUUACAGUGACAGGACUUGUUGCACCUCUAAUUGGAAUGAGCCCAGCAGCAGUAAAUGUAAUUGAAGGUCAGCAGCUGACUUUGUCAUGCGUGCUGCUGGCAGGGAACCCUAUCCCAGAGAGAAAAUGGAUUAAAAAUAGUAUGGUGGUGGUCCAGAAUCCCUAUGUCAGUGUUCGUAGUGAUGGGAGUCUUCACCUUGAAAGGGUUCGACCGCAGGAUACUGGAGACUAUACCUGCAUGGCAAGCAAUGUUGCCGGGACGAACAACAAAACGACUGCCGUCAGUGUCUUCGUUCUACCCAUAAUUCAACAUGGACAGCAGAUAUUCAGUACUAUAGAAGGGAUCCCGGUUACACUGCCCUGCAAAUCCAGUGGAGUUCCUAAGCCAUCUAUAGUCUGGUCCAAGAGAGGAGAAAUGAUUUCUCCCAGCAAUCCAAAAUUUUCAGCAGGGUCUGAUGGGAGUCUGUAUGUAGUUUCUCCAGGAGGUGAGGAGUCUGGGGAAUACAUCUGCACUGCAACAAAUGUGGCAGGCUAUGCAACACGAAAAGUUCAUCUGACUGUCUAUGUGAAACCAAGAGUAUCCAGACUUGGAGAUCAGCAAGGACUUUCACUGGACAACCCACUGGUGAUAUCAGUGAUUGCAGGGAAAGAUGUCACACUUCCCUGUGAGGUGAAAAGUUUGCCACCCCCUAUAAUAACCUGGGCUAAAGAAAUGCAACUUAUAUCUCCAUACUCUCCAAGACACACCUUCCUCCCCUCAGGGUCAAUGAAGAUCACUGAGACACGGGUUUCAGACAGUGGCAUGUAUAUCUGUGUAGCCACAAACAUUGCUGGGAAUGCGACUCAGACUGUGAAACUAACUGUACAUGUUCCUCCAAAGAUACAACGUGGGCCUAGAAUGAUGAAAGCAAAAGUUGGUUACAGAAUUGAUAUACCUUGCAAUGCUCAAGGGAUCCCACCUCCAAUGAUCACUUGGUUUAAAGACCAAAAUCCCAUUUUGGUAGACAACAGGCAGUAUGGUAUCUCUCCAGAUGGGGCACUUAGUAUCAGCAAAAUCUUGCUUUCAGACUCUGGAUUAUAUAAAUGUGUGGCAAGUAACAUUGCCGGCCACGAUGAAGCUGAAAUAAUGAUCCAUGUACAAGAACCUCCUACUGUAGGUGCACUUGAUCCACCAUACAACACUCCGCUUCAAGAAAGAGUAGCAAAUGAGCGAAUUGCCUUCCCAUGCCCAGUCAAAGGUACCCCAAAGCCUCUUAUAAAAUGGUUAUAUAAUAACAGGGAGCUUACAGGCAACGAACCUGGUAUUUCAAUCUUGGAAGAUGGCACGCUGCUGGUCAUUGCUUCAGUCACGCCAUAUAACAAUGGAGAGUAUAUCUGCGUUGCUGUCAAUGAAGCUGGAAGCACAGAAAAAACGUAUAACCUGAAGGUUCAUGUUCCACCUGAAAUCAGGGAUCAGGACAAGGUGACAAAUGGAUCUGUGACUAUUAAUCAGCCCAUAAGUCUGUUCUGUGAGGUAUCUGGCAACCCAUUUCCUAUUAUCACUUGGUAUAAAGAUGAUGUCCAGGUGGUGGAGAGCAGCACUCUGCAGAUUUUGAACAAUGGGAAGUUGCUGAAGCUUCUUAAAGCUUCAACUCACGAUACUGGCCAGUAUUCCUGUAAAGCCACCAAUAUAGCAGGGAGCUCAGAGAAAUUCUUCAUUAUAGAUGUGCGAGUCCCACCCACCAUAAGAGGUGCCGAUACACCCAAAGAAGUUUCAGUCAUCCUGAGCCAAAAUGCCACUUUGGAAUGUAGAGUCAGCGGUUCUCCUUUUCCCAUCAUCCAGUGGUUCAAAGAUGGAAAGCCCCUCUUCUUAGGUGAUCCUAAUAUUAAGGUUUUGGACAAAGGCCAGAUCCUGCACAUCAAGAGUGCUCGGAGAAUAGACAAAGGGCGCUAUCAAUGCAGUGCAGCCAAUUCUGCUGGCAAACAACUUAGGGAACUCAAACUCAUCAUCCAUGUCCCACCUGCAAUUAAAGGAGGAAAUGUUACCACUGAAGCGUCAACAUUGCUGAACAGUGUAAUAAAGCUGGAGUGUGAGACGAGGGGAAUCCCAGUCCCUACAAUAAUGUGGUAUAAAGAUGGGCAUCCAAUUAUGUCCAGCCCAGAAGCACUUUAUCUGGAAAGGGGACAAUUCCUUCAGAUUCCUCGUGCUCAAGUCUCUGACUCUGCUAAGUAUACCUGCCAGGCAACCAACGUAGCCGGAACCGCUGAAAAAAUAUUCCUAGUGGAUGUUUAUGUUCCUCCAGUUAUUGAGGGUGACUCUGAAGCAAUCCAGAACAAGCAGGUUGUUGCCGGCAGUUCUCUGGUACUGGAGUGUAACGCUGCUGGCAACCCACCUCCCCUGCUGACCUGGCUCAAGGAUGGUGUUCCUGUGAAAGUGAGUGACAACCUCCACAUUGUGUCAGGUGGAAGGAAGCUGGAGAUCAUGAAUGCUGGAGAGGCUGACGAUGGCCAGUAUGUAUGUGUGGCUACCAGCAUAGCAGGAGAGAAGGAAAUCAAAUAUGAUGUGGAAAUCCUAGUGCCACCAAGUAUGGAGGGGGGAAAUGAAUCUACAGAUUAUAUUGCUAUUCUCCACAGUCCCCUAGAAUUGGACUGUCCAGCAACAGGAAUGCCUGUGCCAACAAUCACGUGGUUGAAAAAUGGGCAGCCUGUUGAAGGAGGAGUUGGAUAUAAGAUCUUACUGAAUGGACGCAAGCUUCUCAUCUCACGGGCUGAAGUGUCAGAUACUGGCCAUUAUCAGUGUAUAGCAGCAAACAAGGCAGGCGAAAACAAAAAGGAAUUUGAUGUAACUGUGCAUGUCCCUCCAACAAUCAAAUCGACUGGGCCUUCUGAGAGAUCUGUAGUGAUACACAAACCAGUAACCCUUCAGUGCAUUGCCAAUGGUAUACCCAUCCCUUCAAUCACGUGGUUAAAGGAUGGUCGGCCUGUAAAUACAGCUAGAGAAAAUAUCAGACUGGAAUCCUCUGGGCGCAUUCUGCAGAUUGCCAAGGCCUUAAUGGAAGAUGCUGGCAGAUACACCUGUGUUGCAACAAAUGCAGCAGGGGAAGCCCAGCAGCAUGUCCGGCUGCACGUGUACGAGCCACCCAGUCUGAAGGACGCAGGGAAGAUGAUAAAUGAGACUGUGGUUGUGAACAAUCCAUUACAACUGGAGUGCAAAGCAUCUGGAAAUCCAUUGCCAGUUAUCACAUGGUACAAAGAUAACCGCCCUCUCACCCAUACGUCCAGCAUCAGUUUCUUGAACAGAGGGCAAGUUGUACAGAUUGAUGCUGCCCACAUCUCCGACACUGGCCUUUAUAAAUGCGUUGUGGUGAAUGUAGCAGGAAUAGCUGAGCUGUUCUACAGCCUCCAGGUUCACGUUUCACCGUCCAUUUCUGGCAACAAUGAAAUGGUAACUGUUGUGGUGAAUAAUCCGGUUAGAUUGGAAUGUGAAGCCCGUGGCAUCCCUGUUCCCAUUCUGACCUGGCUGAAAGAUGGUAGCCCUGUUUCUAGUUUCUCAAAUGGACUCCAGAUUCUUUCUGGAGGUCGCAUCCUGGCACUUACAAGUGCACAAAUCAGUGACUCGGGAAAGUACACGUGUGUUGCUGUAAAUGCUGCAGGGGAGAAACAAAGGGAUAUUAGUCUCAGAGUUUAUGUUCCACCAAACAUUAUGGGAGAGGAACAGAAUGUCUCUGUGAUCAUGGGAGAAGAUUUAGAACUCCACUGCCAGAGUGAUGCCAUCCCCCCACCCACCCUAACGUGGCUGAAAGAUGGUCAGCCAUUGCUGAAGAAACUGGGCCUCAGCAUUGUGGAAGGUGGAAGUGUGUUGAAGAUGAAAGAAGUGCAAACUCAAGACACUGGACGCUACACUUGUGAAGCCACAAAUGUGGCUGGGAAAACAGAAAAGAACUACAAUGUCAAUGUGUGGGUGCCAGCAAAUGUUUACAGUUCAGAUAUACUUGCUCAUCUGACUGUAAUUGAAGGAAACCUCAUCAGUAUAAUAUGCGAGUCCAGUGGAAUUCCACCACCAGCCCUCAGCUGGAGAAAGAAUGGUUCUCCACUGCUGGCCGAUUCUACAGGUAGGGUCAGGAUCUUAUCUGGAGGAAGGCAGCUGCAAAUUUCUAUUGCUGACAAAUCAGACACAGCUUCCUAUAUGUGUAUGGCUUCAAACAUUGCUGGAAUAGCAAAGAAGGAAUAUAAUUUGAUAGUAUAUGUUCGUCCAACUAUAUUGGACAAUGAAAGCCAAGAGUUAGAUGUAACCACAACUCGAGGGAAUAAUAUUUCAUUAGAAUGCAAGGCCGAAGGUAUUCCAGUGCCAGCUGUCACCUGGAUGAAGGAUGGACGGCCGUUAGUCAAUGGGAGAGGAGUUGAAAUACUGAAUGAAGGACGUCUUCUUCAACUUAGAAACACUCAAGUGUCGGACACUGGCCGCUAUGUGUGCAUUGCUGUGAAUGUGGCAGGACUGACUGACAAGAAAUACGACUUAAGCAUUCAUGUCCCUCCAAGUAUUGCAGGUGACCUGACUGUGCCUGAAAAUAUUAGUGUUGUGGAGAAAAAUCCUGUCACCCUGGUUUGUGAAGCUUCAGCAAUUCCUCAACCAUCAAUAACAUGGCUGAAAUAUGGGCAGCCUGUCUCUUUGAGCAACUCUGUAAGAAUCAUGUCAGGUGGCAGGAUGUUGCGUUUCAUGCAGGUGAAUGAAGAGGAUGCAGGUCGUUACACCUGUGUAGUGGCUAACAUUGCAGGAGAGGAGAGGAAAAACUUUGACCUUUCAGUUUUAGUUCCUCCUGGCAUUGUGGGAGAAAAUAAACUGGAAGAUGUGAAAGUGAAAGAGAGGCAGAGUGUCAUGCUGACAUGUGAAGUGACAGGGAGCCCCAUCCCAGAGAUUACAUGGUUAAAAGAUGGGCAACCUUUCCUACAGGAUGAUGACCAUCAGUUAAUGUCCAAUGGGCGCUUUCUUCAAGUCACAAAUACGCAAGUAGCGGACACAGGAAGAUACACCUGCAUUGCGUCCAAUACAGCUGGAGACAAGAGUAAAAGCUUCAGUGUUAAUGUACUUGUGUCUCCAUCUAUUGUGGGUGCAGAUAACGAUGGGGGUACCGAAGAAGUGACAGUUAUUUUGAAUAACCCCACAUCACUGGUUUGUGAGGCUUACUCCUAUCCCCCAGCUACAAUCACCUGGCUGAAAGAUGGAGCUCCUAUAGAAUCAAAUAGGAAUAUCAGGAUUUUGCCAGGUGGUCGAACUCUGCAGAUUCUGAAUGCACAGAAGGACAACACUGGUAGAUACACUUGCAUAGCUACAAACGAAGCAGGGGAAACAUUAAAACACUAUGAAGUCAAAGUCUACAUCCCUCCUACCAUAAACAGAGGGGACUUGUCAGGAGUGGGUUUGUCUCCUAAAGAAGUGAAGAUUAGAGUGAACAACAGCCUUACACUGGAAUGUGAAGCGCAUGCGAUUCCCGCUGCUGGCAUCAGAUGGUACAAGGAUGGACAGCCUAUUACAUCAGAUGAUCACAUAACAAUCCGAGCCAGCGGGCGCAUCCUACAAAUCAAGGCUACUCAGAUAUCUGACACUGGGCGUUAUAGUUGUGUAGCCUCAAAUAUAGCUGGAGAGGAUGAGUUGGAGUUUGAUGUCAACAUCCAAGUCCCUCCUAAUUUCCGAAAACCAUCUGGAGGCUGGGAAGAUGGUGAUGAGCUGGGUGCAGGUCAAGGAGGAGGAGCCAAAGAUGCGAUCUUAAACAACCCUCUUUCUUUAUACUGUGAGACUAAUGCUGUGCCCCCUCCAGUACUUACAUGGUAUAAGGAUGGCUAUCCCCUGAGUUCCAGUGAUAAAGUACUGAUACUGCCAGGUGGUCGUGUCCUGCAGAUUCCAAGGGCUCAGAGUGAAGAUGCUGGACGAUACACAUGUGUGGCUGUAAAUGAAGCUGGAGAGGAUUCCAUCCAGUAUGAUGUCCGCGUCCUUUUGCCACCAUCUAUUAAUGGAGCCAAUGGUGACAUGCCCGAAGAGGUGACCGUGCUGAUCAACAACAUGGCAGUGAUGGAGUGUAUGGCAAAUGGCAGCCCUACUCCAAGCAUAACCUGGCAGAAAGAUGGGCAGCUGUUAUCUGAAGACUCCCAACACAGAUUCUUAGCCAAUGGAAGAACACUUCAGAUCCUUAAUUCCCAAAUUAUUGAUACCGGCAGGUAUGCCUGUGCUGUGGAGAACACUGCAGGAAGUGCAAAAAAGUAUUUUAAUCUUAAUGUUCAAGUUCCUCCGAAUAUUGUUGGCAUUAAUCCUGAGAAUUUGACUGUUGUGGUGAAUAACUUCAUAUCCUUGACCUGUGAGGUCACUGGCUUCCCACCUCCUGAUCUUAGUUGGCUCAAGAACGGAAAACCUAUCAACUUGAACACAAAUGCUCUUAUAAUACCAGGUGGUCGCACGCUGCAGAUUCCUAGGGCCCGUCUGUCUGAUGGUGGAGAAUAUGUUUGCAUAGCCCGAAACAGUGCUGGGGAAAGCAGGAGAAGGAGUUUCCUUACUGUUUAUGUUCCUCCUAGCAUUAAAGACCACAGUGGCACAGCUCUUGCAGUCGUGAAUGUGAGGGUGGGAAUGCCAGUGACAUUAGAGUGCGAAUCCAAUGCUGUUCCACCUCCUGUUAUCACCUGGUACAAGAACGGGCAAAUGAUCACGGCCUCAUCUAAUUUGGAGACCAUCUCAGAUGGACAAAUGCUUCAUAUCACAACCACUGAGGUGUCUGAUACAGGCCAGUAUGUAUGUAAAGCCAUAAAUAUUGCAGGACGUGAUGACAAAAACUUCCAUCUUAAUGUUCAUGUACCACCCAGCAUUGAAGGCCCUGAGCUACAGUGGAUCAAUGAGACCAUCAGUAACCCUGUAACCUUUACAUGCGAUGCCACUGGAAUUCCUCCACCAGCAAUAACAUGGCUCAAGAAUGGGAAGCCACUCGAAAACUCUGCCUCCCUUGAAAUGCAUAUUUUGUCAGGAGGCAGCAAGCUGCAAAUUGCCAGGUCUCAGCAUUCAGAUAAUGGGAACUACUCCUGCAUUGCCUCAAAUGUAGAAGGCAAAGCUCAAAAAGUUUAUGUUCUUUCUGUUCAAGUUCCUCCAGAUAUUGCUGGAUCUGAAAUGCCAAGUGAAGUCAGUGUAAUUCUUGGGGAAAACACCCAGCUUCUCUGCAAGGCCCAUGGAAUUCCCACACCGGUAAUUCAGUGGCUGAAAGAUGGAAAACCAAUCAGUGGUGAUGAAUCUCAGCGGAUAAGCCUGGCUCAAGAUGGCAGCUUGCUCAACAUUGUUGGAGCCCUCACAAGUGAUGUAGGGAAGUACACUUGUGUUGCUAGCAAUGCUGCGGGGGAAGAAGACCGAAUUUUUAAUGUGAAUGUAUAUGUUCCACCAACUAUAGCCAACAAUAAAGAUGAACCUGAGGCUCUGACAGUCCUAUUGGACACUUCAAUAAAUAUUGAAUGCCAAGCCGUGGGCACUCCACCACCACAGAUAAAUUGGUUGAAGAAUGGGCUCCCUCUCUCUAUCUCCUCACACAUCAGGUUGCUUUCGGCUGGACAGAUUCUCAGAAUUGUAAGAGCACAGAUGGCUGAUGUUGGCAUGUACACAUGUGUAGCCUCCAACAGAGCUGGUGUGGACAACAAGCAUCAUAGCCUUCAGGUUUAUGUAUCGCCAAGCAUAGACAAUGAUGGAGGAACAGAAGUAGCUGUUGUAAAAGGGAAUCCAGUCUCUUUGAUGUGUUUGGCUGAUGGAACACCAACACCUAGUAUGUCAUGGCUUAAAGAUGGCCGACCUUUAGACCUUGGCCUCCAUGUGUCCUUGGAAAACCAAGAAAUGGGUCUUCACAUUGCAAAGUCAGAGGCGGAUGACACAGGCCGAUACACCUGUAUAGCAUCUAAUGAAGCUGGGGAAGUCAACAAGCACUUUACUCUUAAAGUGCUAGAACCCCCUCGAAUUAAUGGAUCAGAUCAUCCUGAAGAAAUUUCCAUAGUGGUUAACAACCCACUGGAGCUCUUCUGUAUUUCUGAUGGCAUUCCAAUCCCUCAAAUCACAUGGAUGAAGGAUGGGCGCCCAGUACCCCAAACCGAUGAUAUUCGUAUCCUAAGAGGAGGAGAGGUCCUUUGGAUAUCCAAUGCUCAGGUGGAAGACACAGGGAGAUACACAUGUUUGGCUUCUAGCCCUGCAGGAGAUGCUGACAAAGAAUUUCUAGUAAGAGUACAUGUUCCCCCUAAUAUUGCUGGCACAAGCAGUCCUCAAAAUCUCAGUGUGCUGCAGAAUAGGCAGAUUAUUCUGGAGUGCAAAUCAGAUGCAGUGCCUCCUCCUAUAAUCACAUGGCUCAAAAAUGGAGAAAUUGUGCAGGCAACUCCACGACUUCGCAUCUUAUCCAGUGGGAGAUACCUGCAAAUCAAUAAUGCUGACCUGAGUGAUGCAGCAAGUUACACCUGUGUUGCAAGCAAUAUUGCAGGCCAAACUACAAGAGAAUUUGUAUUAGCUGUAAAUGUUGCUCCUACAAUCAAAGAUGGUCCUCAGACUGUGACUGUGAAUAUUAAUAUGUCUGCUGUCUUGGAAUGUGUCGUGGAAGGCAUACCAGCCCCCAGAGUUUCAUGGAGAAAGGAUGGAACUCUUUUUGCAGGAAACAAUGCCAGAUACUCACUGUCAGACAAUGGAUCCCUUCAUAUACAUUCAGUGCAUGUUACUGACACUGGGCGCUACCUUUGCAUGGCAACCAAUGUUGCUGGCACUGAGCGCAAGCGGAUCGAUCUACAUGUCCAUGUUCCUCCAUCUGUUGCUCCUGGGCCUGGCAACAUUACAGUAACUGUGAAUGUCCAAACGACACUGCCAUGCGAGACCACAGGAAUCCCUAAGCCAGCCAUAACCUGGAAGAGAAAUGGACUCCUCCUUAAUGUGGAUCAGAAUCAGAACACAUUCAGGCUUUUGUCUUCAGGGUCCCUGGUAAUAAUUUCUCCCACUGUAGAUGACACUGCACUCUAUGAAUGUACGGUAUCAAAUGAAGCAGGCAAGGAUCAAAGAGCAAUUGCCCUUACUGUCCAAGUGCCACCAUCCUUAGCGGAUGAAGCUGCAGAUCUAUUGGUAACCAAGUUGUCUCCAGUAGUGAUCCCCUGCAGUGCAUCAGGUGUUCCUUUGCCCACAAUCUACUGGACCAAGAAUGGAAUAAGACUUCUUCCUCGAGGAGAUGGCUACAGAAUUCUGUCUUCAGGUGCUAUUGAAAUAACUGCUGCUCAGCUGGACCAUGCAGGACGGUACACAUGCACUGCACAGAAUGCUGCUGGUUCUGCCCACAGACACAUGACUCUUCAUGUACAGGAACCACCAACUAUUCAAGUCCAACCUGGAACACUUGAUGUUAUCCUCAACAACCCAAUUCUCCUACCAUGUGAAGCAGUAGGUACACCACAUCCUAUAAUAACAUGGCAGAAGGAAGGGGCCAGUGUUAGCACAACAGAGGAUAGUUAUACAGUUCUCCCCAGUGGCAGUUUGCAGAUUGCAAAAGCUGCUGCUGAAGAUGCUGGAACUUACAUAUGUGUUGCUCAGAAUCCAGCAGGCACUGCCCUUGGAAAGAUCAAACUGAAAAUCCAAAUUCCUCCAGCUAUCAAAUCUCAUCCUGAAGAAUAUGUGGUUGUUGUGGAUAAGCCUGCCACCCUGUUGUGUGAAGCAGAAGGGUACCCAGCUCCUGAGAUCUCAUGGCAUAAAGAGGGACAGGAAGUCACAGCAUCAGUGAGGCAGAGAAUUCUCAGCAUGGGGUCUUUACAGAUUGCAUUUGCUCAUCCUAGUGACACUGGACGUUACACAUGCACUGCUACAAAUGUGGCUGGAUCAAGCAGUUCAAGCAUGGAACUCACCGUGCUUGUCCCACCUAAGAUACACAGUACAGAGGCCCAUUACACAGUUGCUGAAAAUUCACGCAUAGUUCUGCCGUGUGUUGCUGAUGGAAUGCCAACACCAUCCAUGAACUGGAAAAAAGAUGGCACGCUUUUAAUGAGCAUGGUGAGAAAAUAUAUGGCUAUGCCAUAUGGAGAUCUCAUUGUGGACAAUGCCGUGCCUGAAGAUUCUGGCAGCUACACCUGUGUUGCCAGCAAUGUUGCUGGUGAAGAUACCCACACUAUCAACUUAACAGUCCACGUGCUCCCAACCUUUACUGAACUCCCUGGAGAUGUGGCUUUAAACAAAGGAGACCGACUUCAGUUAACCUGCAAAGCAAUUGGAGUUCCUGUGCCCAGAAUCGCGUGGACUUUUAACAAUAAUAUUAUCCCAGCACAAUAUGAUGAUGUGAAUGGACUUAGCAGACUUGUUAUCGAAACAGUGUCGAAAGAGGACUCGGGAACCUACGUUUGCACAGCAGAAAAUCUAGUUGGUUCUAUCAAGGCUCUUGGAUUUGUGUAUGUGAAAGAACCUCCAGUAUUCAUGGGAGAUUAUCAUUCCAGUCGGAUUGAGCCCUUGGGUGGCAAUGCUAUUCUAAACUGUGAAGUCAGAGGAGACCCACCUCCAACUAUCCAGUGGAGCAAAAAAGGAGUUGGCAUUCAGAUCAGCAACAGGAUCAGACAACUCAGCAAUGGAUCGCUUGCCAUCUAUGGCACUGUCAAUGAAGAUGCUGCGGAGUAUACAUGUGUAGCUACAAAUGAUGCUGGUGUGGUUGAACACCGUGUAACCCUAACUUUGCACAGUGCGCCUGUUAUUACAAUUGAACCAGUAGAGACUAUUGUUGAUGCUGGAACCACAGUGGUGCUGAACUGCCAAGCAGAAGGGGAACCUCCUCCAAGCAUUGAAUGGUCUCGCCAAGGCUGGCCUCUCCAUAGUCAGGAGCGAAUGACUGUUUUGACAAAUGGCUCCUUGCGUAUUGCAGUUGCACAUAAAGAGGAUACUUCUGAAUACGAGUGUGUAGCUAGGAACCUAAUGGGCUCUGUCCUUGUCAAAGUGCCAUUCAUUGUCCAAGUGCAUGGAGGAUUUUCUGACUGGCUUGAUUGGCAGCCAUGCAGUGUAACAUGUGGUCAAGGUAUUCAAAAAAGGAUCCAUCUGUGUAACAAUCCGCUCCCUGCAAAUGGUGGACGGCCCUGUACGGAGCCUGAUCACGAAAUACGCAGCUGUCAGAAUAAACUGUGUCCAGUGGAUGGCAACUGGUCAGAAUGGGGCUCUUGGGAAGAGUGCUCUAGAACCUGUGGGCAAGGCAACAAGACAAGAACCAGAACUUGUAGCAAUCCUCCAGCCCAACACAGUGGAAGGCCUUGUGAUGGCAAUGCUGUGGAGUCAAUCAUGUGCAACAUUAGACCUUGUCCAGUUAAUGGUGCCUGGGGCUCAUGGUUACCAUGGGGACCCUGCAGUGAAACAUGUGGCAAAGGUACUCACACCAGAUUAAGGCUAUGCAAUAACCCCCCUCCAUCAUUUGAUGGUGUCUACUGUGAUGGACCUGAUGCACAAAUGCAGGUUUGCAGCAAGAGAGACUGUCCAGUGAAUGGAAAGUGGUCUUCCUGGUCUAGCUGGAGUGCCUGUACCAUGUCCUGUGGUGGUGGUACCCGACAGAGGACAAGAGACUGCUCAGACCCUCCCCCACAGUAUGGCGGACGCAAAUGUGAAGGAAAUGAUGUGCAGGUUGACUUUUGCAAUAGCGACCCUUGCCCCAUGCAUGGUAACUGGGGCCCUUGGAGCAACUGGGGAACUUGCAGCCGAACAUGUAACAGUGGACAGUUGAGGAGAUACCGGACUUGCGACAACCCUCGCCCACUCAAUGGAGGAAGAGCCUGUGCAGGGGCUGAUACACAGAUACAGAGGUGUAAUAUAGAGCUAUGUCCUGUGAAUGGAAACUGGGGGCCAUGGCAGCCUUGGAGCACAUGUUCAGCUUCUUGUGGCGGAGGGCAACAGACCAGAUCACGGUUGUGCAAUAGUCCAUCCCCAUCUGACAGUGGGCGUCCUUGUCCUGGAGACAACUCCCAGCUAUCCAGGUGUAACAUUCAAGCUUGUCCAGGUGGGCCUCCACGAGCUAGAGGAAGUGUCACUGGACAUAUUAAUGAUGUUGAAUUUGGAAUAGCUUUCCUGAAUGCCACUAUAAUCGAUAGCCCAGAUCUGGACACUAGAAGAAUACAAGCUAAAAUUACGAAUAUUCCUCGGAGUCUUGGUCCAGUGAUGAGAGCAGUAGUUUCUAUUCUGAGUCCUAUUUAUUGGACAACAGCUCAGGAAAUUGGGGAAGCGAUGAAUGGCUUUUCACUCACCAAUGCAGUUUUCAAGAGAGAGACACAAGUGGAAUUUGCUACCGGGGAGAUCUUGCGAAUGACUCACAUUGCCCGUGGUUUGGAUUCAGAUGGUUCUUUACUCUUGGAUGUUGUCCUCAGCGGCCACCUACUACAGCUACCAUCAUCAGCUGAUGUUUAUGUAAAGGAUUAUUCAGAAGAUUAUAUUCAGACAGGCCCUGGUCAGCUCUAUGCUUUCUCUACACGGCUCUUCACCAUAGAUGGAGUUAGUGUACCAUAUACUUGGAACCAUACCAUUACCUAUAAUCAGAAUCGCGGAAGAAUGCCCUUCCUGGUAGAAACACUGCAAGCCUCCUCUGUUGAAACAGAAUACAAACCACUUGAAGAAGCUCUAACUUUUAAAAUCCAUGCUUCCAUUACAAAAGGAGACCAUAGCAACGAAUGUCCUAAUGGGUUUGGUUUGGACUCUACUGGACCUUACUGUUCAGAUGAAGAUGAGUGUACAGCUCGAAAUCCAUGUUCCCACACUUGCCACAAUGCCAUAGGAACCUAUUACUGCUCAUGUCCGAAAGGUCUUACCAUAUCAGCAGAUGGAAGAGCAUGCCAAGAUAUUGAUGAGUGUGCCUUAGGGAGGCAUUCUUGCCAUGCUGGCCAAGACUGUGAGAACAUUAUUGGCUCCUACCAUUGUGUAGUUCGGUGUGGGACUGGCUUCAGAAGAACAUCAGAUGGACUAAGUUGCCAAGAUGUUAAUGAGUGCCAAGAGUCUAACCCUUGUCAUCAGCACUGCUUCAAUACCAUUGGAAGCUUCCACUGCGGAUGUGAUCCAGGAUAUCAGCUAAAAGGCAGAAAAUGCAUAGAUGUGAAUGAAUGCAGACAAAAUGUAUGCAGACUUGAUCAGCUGUGCAAGAACACACGUGGUGGCUAUAAAUGCAUUGAUCUGUGUCCAAAUGGAAUGACCAAAGCUGAAAAUGGAACAUGUAUAGAUAUUGAUGAAUGCAGAGAUGGUACACAUCAGUGCCGAUACAACCAGAUAUGUGAAAACUCACGAGGAAGCUACCGGUGUGUGUGCCCAAGAGGGUACCGAUCCCAUGGCAUUGGAAGACCCUGUAUGGACAUUAAUGAAUGUGAACAACUGCCUAAACCUUGUGCGUAUCAAUGCGCCAACAGCCCCGGCAGCUUCAAGUGUAUCUGUCCUCCUGGACAACAUUUAUUAGGCGAUGGCAAAUCUUGCGCCGGAUUGGAGCGGUUGCCAAAUUAUGGCACCUAUUACAAUAGCUAUAACUAUGCUCAGUUCUCCCCCAUGAGAGACAACUAUCGACCUCAGCAAUAUAUCAGUCACUCCUCCAAUCUCUACAGCUCCUAUUCAGAGUAUAGGAACAGCAGAGUUCCAAUCUCCAGGACUAAAAGGAAUGUUAGAGAGACUUGCCCUGAAGGCUAUGAGGCAAGAAAUAACAAAUGUAUAGAUAUUGAUGAAUGUGAGAACAGGGAAGCUUGUCAGCAUGAGUGCAGAAACACCUUAGGGAGUUACCAGUGUUUUUGCCCAGCUGGUUAUCGGGUAAUGCCCAAUGGCAAAACAUGCCAAGAUAUCGAUGAGUGCCUUGAACAGAACAUCCACUGUGGACCAAAUCGCAUGUGCUUUAACAUGAGAGGAAGCUAUCAAUGUAUAGAUACCCCCUGCCCACCAAAUUAUCAGCGAGAUCCUGUUUCUGGGUUCUGCCUCAAGAACUGCCCACCCAAUGAUCUGGAGUGUGCCUUGAGCCCUUAUGCCUUGGAAUACAAACUUGUGUCCCUUCCGUUUGGGAUUGCUGCCAAUCAGGAUUUAAUCCGACUAGUUGCCUACACUGAAGAUGGAGUGAUGCAUCCAAGGACAACUUUCCUCAGUGUAAAUGAGGAUUCGACAAUCCCUUUUGCACUCAGAGAUGAGAACUUGAAAGGAGUGGUGUACACAACCAGGCCUCUGCGAGAACCAGAGACAUAUAGAAUGAGAGUCAGGGCUCUUUCUUAUAGUGUCGAUGGAGGCAUUGAAUAUCAGACAACCUUCAUCGUCUAUAUAGCUGUGUCUGCCUAUCCAUACUAGGAAAAGCGCACUGCCAACAGUAAUCAAAAUAUGUUAAUCACAUGCAUAUGUGCCACUGGGUGUCACCACUUCCAGAACGACUGUCCCUCAUCUUAAAACAGUUGCAGACCUUGCAACUUGGGGGGAAAUGGUGCUAUGUUCUAUCCUUGUUUCCUUCCCUCUGGCUGCAAAUCUGUUGCCAUCAUUCCAUCUUGACAAAAAUGACCAUAAUCCAUGAUUCCUUGGAAUCUUAACCACUUGCUUUAUUUAUUACACUGGAGCAGUCACUUCCCAAAGAUGGUUCUGCUGACUCUUCGUAACUAGAUAGAAGAACUAACUCGGUGGUAAUUUAGUAGUUAAACAUGGUAGGCAAAAAUGGUUAUUAAUUUUCCUUGAUAUGUAAAGAAAGCAAAAUUGCAACAAACAUUUUAAUCUUAAUAUUUUUGUUUUUAAUAUUUGGUGGUGAUGCAGUAUUUUUUUAUCAUCACAGUGAAAAAUGCCAUAUUCCUGGUAUUCACAAACCCUAAAUUGAGACCCUACUCUCAGGUCAAUAAUUAGAGGUAUCAGCAGGGAGGGUCAUGUGAAUGCCACUAGGUCCGAUAUGCACGUUGUACACCUGGUCUGCCAUCACAAUACACUCAACAAGCAGCUACAACCGAACACAGCUGUCUGACAAGUGUACCCUUAUGAAACAUAUGUCUUCAAACAUCUGUUUGUCACACUCACACUUUAAUUUUUUAAGUAUAUGGUUUUUUAAAUAAAAAAACCCUCAGUAGGGAUGGACAAUUGCCAUCCUGCUCACCCCAAAAGUGCUUAGGAUUUUUUGAGUCAGAACACUAAAAAAAAAGAGUCCCUCUGAUCAUAGUUGUACUCCCAAAUGAGAAAACUUUGCCUGGAAAGGGGGAGGCACCAAUGGGUGCUCCAGGGAGAGAAACAGGAGUCAGAUCAAGGCUUAGUCAUAGCACGCUCACAGUGAUUCUACUCACAAAAUUCAAGCAGAGGUUGGAUACAAGCAUAACUGGGCACAUUUGCUUCAAAUGUUUAUCCUACCCCUCACCCUUAAUACCCUAGAAAAUGGCCUCCAUAGUCACUUCCCUCUUACAUAAGCAUUAAAGCUGUUUAAUGAUUUCUGUAUUCCGCUGUUCCUAAUUAUGUACUCUGGAAUACAUUCCCUCCGCCUUUUCUCUAUACAACAUUUGUCCACUUUAUAAUGUGCAUAGGUUGGGAACAUGAAAAUGGGGGAUCUGUGAUGAACUGUGCAAGCAAAAAAAUGCAAUUUCCUCCGUAAAACAAUAGCAUAGAUUAGAUGGAAUUUUGCCUACCCCCCCAAAUAGAUUUCUAAAAAAAGGAAAGUGUAGCAAGUUUGGUCAAGCAAUGUGUUAGGUGUCAAGACACUGUAUAAGGUGGUAACAAACUCUGGAAGUAAUUUUUGCCAAGAUGUAUUCUAUUUUUAUGAAAGUCUGUGUACAUAUAUAUAUAUAUAAAGUUUUGUUCGCUUGGGUGUGUUUUCUAUGCAAUAUCAGGAGAGGUUUUUUCCCCAGAAAAAGAAAAAAAGUGUUUUUACUAAAGAGUGUUGUUUACACAUGGAAAUAACCAAA